CAUACAUAUUUUGCAAUAAACAUCCGUAAUCCGAAAGAGAAAUAUAAUCUGAAAAUGUUUGGAGAAAUGAAAGAGUUUGCAGAUUUUUGUUGGAAAGAAGUGUUAUCUAUGAUUAACGAUGCAGCUGUUUAUAUUGAUCAUGCAGCUGCCGAAUGUCUGCAUUGGCACACAGGAGACAAGGCAUAUUUAACAUUAAAAGAUGCUGGUGCUUUAUCUGUUCAUGAACUAUCUUUGUACAAUUUUCAUAAUCUCAAAGCCAAAAAUGUUAGUAAAGCAGUUAUUAUUUCCACGUCAACGGACUCCCUCUUUUAUCAGCGUACUUUAAAAUUGAUCAUAGAGAAAAACAAUUUUGAAAAAUGUUCGGUAGUAUGCACAGCUCAUAAAAAAAUUUUAAAUUACAUAUCUGUAAAUCCUGGUGAUUUGGAAAGAGAAAAUAGUUAUGACACUUUGAGAGGUGACAUUUUAUCAUGGAUGAAUGACAGAAGUUCUCAGGAUUCGCAAGUAACAAUGAUGUUUAAACCAAUUUUUAUAGCUUGCUUGAAAGAUAACGUAUUUGUUACACCACCUUUUGGAACUUUAAUGCCCUCCAUAGAUGGAAAAUUAACAGAUGACUUUGAAGUUGACAUUGAAUUUUUGAUAAGCUCAUUCCAUAGUUUGUUUUCAUACUAUGAUGUACAAGAAGAUAUUUAUGCCAUGGGAAAAUUUAGUAACUGUAUAGCAGAUAAAUUACAAAACUUUACAGCUGCCGUAAAUCGAAGAAAAGGAAGUAUGGCACAUAAAAAGUUGUCAUUAAUAUUAAUAGAUAGAACACUGGACUUAUCAUCUGCUACUACGCACAACUCUGAAUCAAUUCUGGGAAGAAUAUUAUGCACUUUACCUCAUUUACCUCAUCAUCAUAAUGAUGUUGCUGUUCAGAUGCAUUCUCUUAGUCUCAAAGGCGAGGAAUGUUCAUCUUCAUUUAUGGUCCCAGGAUGUUUAGCAACGAAAAAUGAUGAAGCUAUGAAUAUACUGUUCAAUAAAAAACAAAAAGAAGUACUUUUAACUUUAAACAAAAUGUUAAUUGACAUGACAAGAAACAAAGAAAGCCCAAAACCAAGUAAAAUUACAACAAGAAUUACAGCUCAUAGUUUGGAAAAGGGAAUACAAAAGUUCAGGGAUUCAGAAAGUGUAGAGACACUAUGCAAAAAUAGUAAAAAUCUACAGUUUAUUUCCGCAGUUGUCCAAGCCCUCAAAUCAAAUAAAACUUCUCAGAUUGAAUUUAUAAUUAGUUUGGAAAAACUUAUUUUGCAAAAUUUAGCUAUCAGUAAAGAUUCUUCAAGUAUACUUUCUCAGUUAAGCAAUAUUGUAAAAACUAGAGCAACAAGAGGCUUGGAAAUGGAAAAUUUAUUAGUACUUUUAGUUUAUCUUUAUGCUAUGGCUGGCCCAGACAUUAAGUUUUCUGAUCAACAAGAGGAGGGAUUAAAAGAAGCAUUGAUAAGUGCAAUAUAUGAUGAUAUAAUAAAGUGCAAUGAAACGGAAUUAAAUUAUGAGAUUUCUGCAUAUUAUCAAACUCUUUUACUACUAGGGGUUACUGGUGAUGAAGUUGCUAAAGAAACUGCAAUAAAAAUAACAGAUAAUGUAGUAGAACUUUUACAUGAAAUAUUACAUCAAAGGGAAUCAAUGAAAAAUUAUAGACAAGUGAUGAGUAUGCCAAAUACAAGGGAAAUGGCCAGACAUGUUGGUCUUUUAGAGCAAUUGAUUACAAAUUUACUUGACGAAAAAAGACCUGACAUUCCUGAUUUAAUUAAAAAAAACUCUUCCUUACUGUCUACUGGUUUUAAAUAUUUAACAACAGGCAAAGCACAGAGCCAUCCAUGUGAGAAUUCUUGGGUUAUAAUAUAUGUUUUAGGAGGAAUAACUCCUGAUGAAAUCAGAAUUGUAGAAGAAAUUGUAAAUAAAAAGGGCCCCAACACUCCAAAAGUAACGUUAGGUGGAACAAGGCUGCUAAACCCACUUGAAGUGGUUGAUAAGAUAUUGUUGACAAGUAUCAAUUGUAUAUAA